AUGGGUAUACUAUGGCUCGAGUUCCCAUGUAGGCGCACACCGUACGCUUAUUCUGAUAGUCAUAAAUGUGUCGAGUUCGUCAAGAGCCAGCUCGAGUUGUGCAAUGGCCAUGCUGAAUGUGGCGAUGACGCGGAUACGGCUCUCGCGUUCCCGAAAACUAAGGGGUCUGCCCGGAAGCCAAGCCGGCUAUUGAAGAUCACAGACACUGGAGACGAUCUAGGAGUCUUAUUGGUGCAAACAUCAAACAUCGAGUACGAAUACACAGCAUUAAGCUAUUGCUGGGGAGAUAAAAAGGCAGCGGAGAACAUGCCGAAGACGACUCGACACAAUUUCCAAGAACUGACAACGAAAGGUCUUGUUGUCUCUUGUCUUACGAAUACCUUCCGGGAUGCUAUAGAUCUGACUUUCAAGCUUGGAUGGGAAUAUAUCUGGAUUGAUGCGUUCUGUCCGAGUCCUCACGAGGCCAUAUACGGGCCAUUGUUGAAGAGGCAAGACAGCAUGAGUUAUGGAGAAAAGGGGAACAAUAAAUUUGGAUUAGGGGGGACCUUCAAGACAGAAUAUCAAAAGAUAGCACGCUGGGGUAACGACCUGGAGAGAUUAAAAUUCUGGCAUGAUAUUGCAGCACAAUUCAGCUCGAGGGACAUUACACGACCCUUGGACAGGGUGCCAGCAUUAGCUUCGAUCGCUAGGCAAAUGGAUAUGCCGGGCGAGUUGGGCAGGUAUCUCCGCGGACUGUGGGAGGAUACUCUGCCACGCGGGCUGUUGUGGUGGUCGGAAUACACCGACACAAAUCGAUUUUAUCACCAAGACCCUCAAAAACCGACGCAUGUAAGGCCUAAAGGGACCUACAUCCCUUCAUGGUCAUGGCUUUCUGUGGAAGGCCGUGUCAGUACAUGGGGACGGGGGCAGCAGUCGUUGGUAACAAACAUGGAUAUCUGCUAUAAUUUAUUGGGCGAAGAUCCGUAUGGUAACUUUGGGGAAACGACAAUUACCCUCACCGCAAAGACUUCAUCGAUUAAAAUCCGCUUCGAAUUAGAAAACAGUUCAUAUCCCGUAUAUGUGCAACGGGAGGGUUCCGAAAAGAAACACCUAUUCCUUCCGGAUACACAACCCUUUGAAUUUCCAGCGGAAGAACUAUCAAAGCUUCAUCUGGUUGCGCUGCAGUUCAGCCUUGACGGUAUUACGUAUGAAGAUCCGCGUCGGCCGCGGCUGAGGAUCAACGCUUUGAUAUUAAGACGAGAGGCGGAGGGAUCCGCUAGGUGCAAGCGCAUCGGCAUAGCAGAUGUCACUGAGGAGGCUUUCUCGGACCAUGAUUUUAAAUGGGAAUCUAUUGUCCUAACUUGA